AUGUCCCCCUCGUCCCCUCAUCUCAAAGGUGCUUUGAGUACCACCAACCGCACCAUCAGCCCGCCUGCAUUACGCAGGAAACUCACACCGUCAUCGGAACACGUGGUGACUCCCACGCGAGUGCCAUGUGCGACAAGUGAUGCAGAUGCAAGUGCAGAUCUCUUUCGGGUCUUCAGUUGGAAUGUAAAUGGUGUCGGCCCUUUGCUUCAGAAACAAUUGAUAUUCCAGUCAAACUCCGCACCUCCCUUGAGAGCAUUUCUAAAACGCCACCACUGGCCACAAUUUCUUUGUUUACAGGAAGUCAAGAUCAACAAGAACGACACAGCUACGCAACGAGCCUUGGAACGUGCCGCAAACGAGGGGAACACAACCCCCGAGCCAACGUACACCGCUCACUUUUCCUUACCAAGGGACAAAUACAACGCCACUGGAUUUGGAGGUAAGGUUCAUGGUGUGGCCACGUUGAUCUGUGAUGACAUGAGUCCUGCCGUUCGUGUUACUACACGACGGCCAGACUGGGACCUGGAAGGACGUGUACUUAUCCAUGAACUAGAGAACCAGGUGGCCAUCAUCAAUGGAUAUUGGGUAAACGGGACAUCCAACCCAUAUCGAGACCCUGUUAGCGGUCAGGUCAACGGCACACGACAUGAUCACAAACUGCGCUUUCAUCAGUGGAUGCUACAAGAGACCCUACAGCUUGAGGCUACUGGGAACCAUGUUAUUCUCAUCGGAGACAUGAACAUCGCUAGGUCGAGGAUUGAUGGUUAUCCCAGCCUACGGACCUCGCCCGUCCAACAUGUCAAAAAUCGAGCGGACUUCAAUGCCAAGUUUAUCACAUCGCCAAAUGGAAUGUGUGGUAUCGACAUCUUCAGGCAUCUGCAUGCAGAGCAGAAAAGCUAUACCUACUAUCCACGUGGGAGACCAUGGGGUGAAAGUUGUGACCGCGUUGAUCUGAUAAUCAUCAGUCGGUCACUUAUUAUGGCUGACGGAGUGGUCGGUACGGACAUAUAUAAUUCUCCAGCUGAGCGAGGACACAGCGAUCACGUCCCGUUGAGUGUCUCGUUGAGCUUUACCCGUCUAUUCUCGAGUACAAGUCUAGACAAGAACUUGGAUCCUUAG